CAAACAGAAAUUGCUGCUGCUGAGCCGGAAGAACCAAAGCCACAACCUGUAAAACUGCCAGUUUUCAACCCUGCCGCCGUGCCUGUGAUGCGCCCAGUAUCUGGCGCACCGCAGGUGAAAUCACCCGUCGUUCCCGCUUCGGCAACCAACAGAAUGUUCGAGGGGAUAAAAAGACGUAUUGUGGAUAGCGAUGAAGAAAACGAUGGCGAUCACGACUGGGAUGAUGAACCACCGAUGAGUGGUGGUGUUGCCCCACGGCCACAGGUUGUUGACUUUUUUUUUUUUAGGUACUUUUUGGGUAACAGCCGUAAUAUGCAUGUGGUGGUUAUAGCUUAUGAGUGGAAAUAA